CGCUUACAUUGUUGUUGAUGGGUCAGAGAGGCAGUGUAAACGCAGUAUUGUGUAAGUUGACUGAAUUGACCUCCAAGAGGAGUCCCACAGUUCUCCACUGUGACUGCUCUGGAGAUGGUUUUCAACUCCCUGCUCAGCAGCCCAAGUACACAGGAAACAGCCUCUCCCCUACUAAAGACCCAGGACCUUUUGAAUUCCCAUUUUCCUGUUUGAUCAAUGUGGAGAGCUCGCCAGCACAGCUGACCAUGGAGAGUCAAAACCCCAAAUGUGCUCCAGCCUGAAGUACACAGGAGGUGGUGGAUCUUACUGGUCUGGGUAGAAGAGAGUCUGUACAAGCACAGCUCUAAUCCAGCUGAAGAAACGUAGACAUCUACAAAAAGAUUGUAUGGGACAUGAGGGAGAAGGGCUACACCAGGGACAUGUAGCAGUGCCACGUGAAAAUCAAAGAACUUUGGCAGGCGUACCAGAAGACAAGGGAGAUGAACAGUCAUUCUGAUUCUGCCCCACAGAUGUGCUGUUUCUACAAUGAGCUGCAUGCGAUUCUCAGUGGCAACCCCACCACUACCCCCCUGCCAUAGCAUGGAUACCUCCCAGGAGUCUGAGUUCAGGGCCAUCUCAGGCAAAAAUGAGGAGGACAUUCUGGAUGAUGAUGAUGAGGAGAAUUGGAGGCAGCCUGAGAUGGCUUCUGCACUGAAGCGCACAAUAGAGGCUUUGAUGGAGAGAGGAGCAGUUGUGAGGAACUUGGAAAACCUGGGAGAAAGAUCACUGCCAUAUAGAAUCUCCAAGCAUAAUCAAGAUCACAGAAGAGGAGGGUAUUUUUUGGUAGACUUUGAUGGCCCACCCACGAUUGUUUCAACGAUGAUGGACCAUUUAGGACGUGAUAUUGAUGUAAUUAGACCAACUUUUUUAAAGCAUCCAGUAUCAAAGACAGAAGAAUGCAGUGGCAUAAUCCCAGUCAACUACGAAGAUAAACUAUAUACCAAGAAAAAAUGAGUAUCCAAAAGAUCAUACCUGAAACUUUUUAUUUUAGCCCAGCUUUUGGAUACAAUUGUGGUCAUAAUUUUUGUCUAUGUGCAGAGUAAUCUAUUGUAGUCAUAUGGCAUCUGGAGUUUAGCUUUCUUUUUUGUUGUAAAUUAAAUAGUUAAUUUGUAUGCUUUUGUUAAGUUGAUGACUAGUCUGAACAUUGAUUUGCUUUCCUUGGAAAGCAUUACAUCUGAUGAAGUUCUGUCUACCCAUCAGGAGACUAAAAAUAGCAUUUUUUUCAGUAAGAUUACUUCAGACUUUGUACAUGUACACAGUAGAUUAAGAAAGCUCUGUUCGACAAUGUAUACUGUAUAGCAGUAUGAUUUUUUUUUUUAGCAAGAUAAUAAAGGUGAUUGAAAUAA